CUCAAUUCCAUUCACCAGACAAGUUCUUCAAGGUCGUCAAAACAAGAGCGCUCCAAGCUAUUCUGCGUGCUCUUCUUGUACAAAAGUACUUUCUGGUUUGACACAAACCACAACAGCUGACUCCCGUCCCUUGUUCAGGGUUCGUUUGACUUCACUACAAUACAAAUUACUGCCAACAAAACCACACAUGUUCAAAAAGUUUGACGAAAAGGAGGACAUUUCCUGUACAAAUAAUGCGAAGAACUCUAUCGUGAAAUCUUUGCGCGCUCGACUUACUGAAGGUUAUGGCAUUGAUAGUAAAAUGGUUGAUCAGAUUUUACCUAAGAAAGAUGUUGUAAAACACAUUAAGUGUCAUGAACAUGUCGACUUGUAUUCAGAUUCUGAUGGUGAAGUCAUGUUUUUCCGACAACGUGAGGGUCCGUUUAUUCCAUCGCUCAGAUUACUUCAUAAAUAUCCUUUCAUACUACCUCAUUUACAAGUUGACAAAGGUGCUAUCAAGCAUGUUUUAAAUGGGUCCAAUAUUAUGUGUCGUGGUUUGACAUCACCCGGUGCUCGGAUGACAGAAGUUCCUAAAGAGUCAGUUGUUGCUGUAAUGGCAGAAGGAAAAACAAAUGCACUUGCAGUUGGUAUUACUAUGCUAUCUACUGACGAGAUCUUAUCAACCAACAAUGGCAUUGGGGUAAAAAAUGUACAUUAUUUGAAUGAUGGAUUAUGGCGUCUCAAAGGCGUACGAUAAUUGACUUUGUUAAAACAACUUUGGGUACAUUCUUAUUUGUACAUAGACCUUGUUAUCACUCCCUUGAGUGAUUUGUAAUGUACUUGUCGAAGUGAUAAUAUCUGAGUUUAUAAAUAAACUUUUGGUGUGAAAUCUUUUGUCCUUUUAUUGACAGAUUUUUUAAAAUUAUUUGAUGUUUAUUUCAAUAAUUAUAUUUGUCUUGAUCUCACAUAUCAUAACACGUUCCCUUGUCUACUUUUCUUUGGGUGUUCUUAUCAUGUCUGACUGCGUUACAGUUUUCAUCCUGUUGUCACUUCAAACAGCACUGCUCAUUGAACUAAAUAACUAUUGAGUUACAAAUAUUGCAUCCCAACCACUUCUAAAUUUUUAGCAUAGCAUUUAUCCCAUUUUAUUCCUUUGAUUUCAUCUAGGUUUGUUAAGGUUUACUGGCUGUUUUAUAAAUUGUAGCCAAAUUGUAACAAAUGAAGAUUACUCGGACUGAAUCUGCUAAUGCCUCAACUGUCAUCUUGUGAUUAGAUCUCUAACCUAUAUUGCUAAAUAUAAGUGACUCGGACUAAAAUAUUCUGUACUUUUUACGUCUUAAUUUAUUCAAUGUUCCCAGCUGCUUGUUGUAUAUUUGCCUUUUUGUUUUCAUGUUUAAAACAGCAUGAAUAAAUCCUGUCUAUAUCUUAACAUGUUGCAACGGUUUUUCCUAACAUUUAUUUUGAUGUAUUUCUCAAUGUUGGUUUAACACGGGAAGCUUAGUGCUAAUGUCCCAAUAAAUAGACCACCUUAUUUAAAUGCUUUGAAGCUAUUGCUUGAGGUUGUGAUUUAUUGAUCCUGAGACAAGAUUUUCAAUCACAUCGCCACACUUUGCUUUUGAUCCAGGUAUAUCAAAGUAUCAUUUUGUGUUAGAUCAGGUUUGAGAAAUUACACCUUGAAAUUGAAGGUCUCAAAUUAUUUAAAACUGAAGGUUUCGAAUUUUAAAUAAUUCGAAACCAGUUUUUGAUCCAAUCUAGAAUAUUCAUUCUGAAAAUGGACCCUUAAUAAUGCCAUAGAGCGAGCAUAUUUUUUAUCAUUUCAGUUCAGUGAGCUCUACAACUUCUUGAGGUCCUCAUCAUGGCAAUCGUUCAUUGUGUGGUACUUACUUUAUUUCUGUCGACUUCUAAUUAAGCAUUUAUGCAAGGGGAUUGACACAUAAGUUGUUAUUACUUACUUAAGUGGUAUUUAUCUUUGACAUUGCGUUGACUUUUAUCUAUUUUAACCAUCAUGUAAGAAUUCUCUGUAAACUCUAUGAAAUGGCAUUUUCGAAAAUUCGGUCAUGUAUAUCAAUCACUCUUACAAAUUACAGUAGGUAAAAAUUGUUUUUAUUUUGUCAACUGUAUUUUUAAUAAACCUUGCUUGUUGUUGAAGCUGUUCAAAAUCCUCUUGACAAAUAUAUUAUUUUCCACCCC